AAUUACUGUUCAGAUAAACUUGUUGAGGCUGCACAAACAACAAAACUCGCCUUUAGGACAAGUAUUACUAUCUCCUUACCGAAUCGCUCGGGGACCGCCGAUACCCUCGCUCGUUGCGUCAAGAUGCUUCGACAACUAGGUCUGGCGCUGCGUGCUCAUGGCCUGGCCGUGAGCGGCGCCCCGAUGUUGCAAAGCCGACUCAUCCUUCAGUCCUCCGCGGCGUCACUGUCCACCAGCGCAUCAAACCAGCAUGAGUCGAGUCCUCCCGCAGAGGGGACAGAAACGGUAUCCAUCACCUACAUCGACAAGGACGGAAAGGAGCACACAGUAGCAGCGCCUAUCGGGAAGAACCUGCUGGAGAUAGCGCAUGAGAACGAAAUCGACUUGGAAGGCGCUUGCGAGGGCUCCCUCGCCUGCUCCACGUGUCACCUCAUCUUCGAGGACGAGGCCACGUACAAGAAGCUGCCUGAGCCGCACGAGGAUGAGCUGGACAUGCUGGACCUGGCCUUUGGGCUGACCGACACCUCGCGGCUGGGCUGCCAGGUGUUGGCCAGCAAGGAUCUGGAGGGCGUGCGGGUGCGCAUCCCCUCCGCCUCCCGCAACUUCUACGUGGACGGCCACAAGCCCAAGCCCCACUAAGGAGGGGCUGGGGGGGCUGGAGGAGGGAGGGGCUCAGGCAGCGGGGCCGCCGCCCUACCAGGACGCAGCAAGCAGCAGCGGGGGGUAGUGAGGCUGCCGGCCAGGAGUAGGAGGCCGGGGAUGCCGAGGCCGCCUAAGCAGGCAGCAGGGCGGCGGGCUUCUCAGGGGAGUGACGGAGGCCUGAUUGGACCCAGGGGCGGGGGGCUGCGGGGCAAGGGCGAGAGGGUACGGACCCCGGAGGGCAGUGUGCGGAGGGCUGGACUCGCGCCAGACCUCAGGGGAAGGGAAUUUGGGCAUGGGGCAUGGGUUAGAGGUUCGGUGUAUGGCAGGCAAACACUCGGACAGUGAGCAGGAUGGCGAGGCGGCGGCGGCAGUGUGGCAAUGAGGGAAAGGGGAGAGGGGCCGGCUCAGGUCUGCGUCAGCAUGGCUCAGCAGUGGUCGGAGGAGCUGGCCGGAGCUGCCCAGCCGUGGGGCCGGGACUGGCGGGUCUAGCAGGGGAGCCUGGGAGGCAACGAACUGAGAAGCCGCAACGAGAGCAGCAGUGGCCGGUAGGUAUAUCGGUGGCAUGGCAGGCGGGGUAGACCAGGUGUGCAUGUGUGCCUAUGUGGCGUGGUAGUAGCCCGUAGGCCAGGAGGAGAUGAACAGGCCGCGGUGGUGCUUGUUUUAGGCGUUGCCAUAACAGUGAGAAGAUAUGCACAGGGACAGCGGUAGUGAGAUUUUCUUGUGGAGGGCUGAAGAUAUAUGAGAGAGCACUCACCACUUGCCCCGGACCACGCAUGCGCUGGUGUGCGCAUACGGGUGUGACGGCUGGUGGUCUAUGUUGCGGAUGUGGUGCGCUGUGUCAGUGCUCUACGUGCUCUACCAGUCUGCCUCCUGGGGUCCUGGGGCGGACAACGAGCUCCAGCUGCAACUGGCUACAGCACGCGGUGCUGCGGUGGGGGGGGGGAACGCGGGCCCCGGGGGCAGCACACCGCGCCAGCUGCCUAUCCGUGUAGCAGUGACCAGU